AUGGUAUCUACUACUACAUCUGAUAUUGAUACAUUAAGAAAUUUUUUAAAUUCCCCAGGAAGUGUUGAUAUUUCGGAUUUAAUUGAUGCCUUACGAGUUAUACAUUUAUCAUUAGAUGCCCAAAAAUCUCAAACUAUACUUGAAACGGUACCACUUUAUUCAUUCUUUACACUUCUUGGAAGCUAUGAUGAAAAUGUUACUUCUGUCGCAUGUAAUGUAAUUGAAAAAUUAAUGAUGUCAAUGAAAUAUUCCGAGAUUAUUUCCUUAGGACUUGAAGAAUAUUUAAUGCUAGGUUUACAAUAUAAUUCAUCCAAAGUUAGAAUUUUAUCUAUUAAUCAAAUUGAAAAAUGCCAAGAAUCAGAAGCUACAAUUCAAGAAAUGAUCAAUUCACCUCUAUUUCCUCUUAUACUGGAAUGUAUUGGCUUUGAUGAUAUUCCUACGUCAACUAAAGCGACAGAAUUUCUUUUUCGUUUAUUUGAUUUGAUAUCACAAAUUUCAACUUCCUCUGAAGAAUCAUUUAAUUUAUGUGAAUCUUCUGGGGCGCUUGAUGCAAUAACUUCUGAAAUAAAUUCAAAUGAUUUAUUAAUUAAAUUGAAUGCCAUAGAAACUUUAUCAAGAAUUGGUCAAAGUAAAUCUGGAUAUAUAUUUUUGGAAAAAGCAGGAAUAUUACAAUCAUUUGUCGAUACAUUGUCAAGAAAUGAAGAUCAAAAUGUAGUAUUAACUCUAGUAAAAUGUGCUGUAUUAAAAUUUUUUGGUAAAUUAUCUGAAGUAAAGGAGGUAGAUUUUAUACAAGUUGAAAAUAAAUAUAGGAUUUUAACAUAUAUUAGUUCACACCUAUUUGACAAUAACAAGGAUAUAAAGAUAACUGCAAUAAAUAUUAUUGGAGUGAUUGGCAAUAAUGAACGUGGACUUAAACUUUUAUAUAACAACAACACUACAUCAAACAUAAUUGGUAAUUUUAUUGAAGUUUAUCAAAAUUCAACAAAUGAUGUAAAACUGACAUGUUUACAAACUUUAUCGUGUUUAUUUGGAGCAAGUGAGAACCCUACACCGGAAACAUCUGAUAUUGUAGAACGUAUAUAUCGUCAAUUGGAAGGUACUCCAUCACACCUUAAUACAUUAAUUACAUAUGCCAAGAAAAAUAUUGAAGAAUUACGUAUUGCAACUUUUGCAGUGAUGCAAAAGAUGGCAUUACAUCCAUGGGGAAAAUCUGAAAUGACUACUAAUUCAAAAGAAUUCAUUGACUACAUUCUAAACCGCACGACUGAAUCUACACAAAAAGCUAAAGGAUGGAAAUACUCAAUUGUGCAAACAUUGGUAAAGUCAUCUGAAACAACAACCUAUCGCAUUCCUCCAAAUAUUAUGGAGCGGUUAGUAAAAUAUUUGAAUGAAGGACCGUUCUUUGUUAGAACUGAGGCUUCUGUUGCAUUACAAAAAAUUUUAAGAAUGCAUUAA